AUGGGCAGAGAAUUAUCAUGUGGUGUCGAGUUCAUGCGAGGAGUAUUAUUAUUUUUCAAUGUUUUAUUUGUCAUUGUUGGCCUCGCUCUAAUUGGUCUUGGUAUUUACAUUAAAGUUGAUGACAAUUUUGCAUCAAUUCUCGAACAAUUAGCCAACGGUCAGAAGACUUUCGAGGGUCAAUCUCUUGGAUUUUUAGCUUUCGUUAUGAUCGGAGGUGGUGUUUUUACUCUUCUUAUUGCAUUGUUUGGCUGUAUGGGAGCCUUAUGGAAUAACCGUUGCUUAUUAUAUAUGUAUGCCUUAAUUCUUGCCUUGCUGAUGAUUUUGGAAUUAGUUGGUUUCAUUAUGGCAUUUGUAAACAAAGGCAAUCUUGAGAAAGAUUAUAAACAGUCCUUGUCCAAUGUUUUGCAGGCUGCUUUAAAAAAUAAUACGGUAUCAGUGUUGACGUCUUUUCAUAAAUUAGAAGACAUUUUGAAAUGUUGUGGUGCCUAUAAUAAAUCCGAUUAUAACAACUAUCCUGAAAUUCCAUUGUCCCAGCGAUGCAUGGAUCAUGAAGAUUCUCAAGGUUGUUCUGAUGCUAUUAUUGGACUUCUAAAGAAGUAUUUAGGAAUCAUCGCAGGGUCGUUGGGUGGGGUGUUACUAUUGGAAUUGCUCGGUUUAAUUGGCGCUAUUGUCUUGGCGAAAGCACUCAAAAAUAAACCUGAUAAUAUAGUAGUUCGAGGACCCCGAAGAAGAUAA